UUCAGCCCAUCACUUCAUUCGUGCGAUUGUUGUCGGUCGAAACGUCAGUUUAGUUCGGUUCGUUCGGUUGAGUUAGUCUAAAACUAUCGAUCGUAUCUCCUUGUUUAUUUAGAGAGCGUGUAACUAAACAGUGAUGUCUGACUUUAUAGUUGGGACGUGUUUAUUUAUGUGCCCUGAGAAAGAGAGAUGGAUGAGAGAAAGAGAAGGCUUACUGCAUGUCUUCGAAGUUGACGAGAAAACAAAACAUCUAAAACGACCAAAAGCAGAUCCUUCAAAGAUUGUGAAAUGCUUCAGUCGACCUGCAGCAGGACAGCUCAUGCCAGAUACAAGCGAACUUCGACCGGCUUCUGUGCUUUUAUCGACUAUAAGAUAUUUGUUCACUAAUGUUGUUACGCGAGUCGAUUAUGACUGGGUAAUGAUUUAUGAUUUUGUAUUUGAUCGACUGAGAGCUAUCAGACAGGAAGUUGUUAUUCAAAGAAUACGAGGACCUCAAAGUGUUCAAAUCCUAGAGCCAAUUGUUCGAUUUCAUGUUUACGCAGGCCAAAGACUAUGUGAAAAAAACAUAUCUCUAUUUGAUACGAAGAUAAAUAGUCAGCACCUUCUAGAGUGUCUUAAACAACUGCUAGUACUUUAUGAUGAACUUGAAGAACAAUCCUCGAUGUGUAAUCCUAAUUUUGAAGAAAAUAUCGAAAGACUUUCAAUAGGUAAUAACCGAUCUCAAAUGGAAGCUUUGUAUGUGCUGUUACAUCUCGGUAAUUCCUCGGCUCUAGGAAGAGGCAUAUCGCUUCCUCAUAAGUACAGGGGCAAGAACGUAAAGCUGGCCAUGAAGAUAUCUCUUGCGUGGUUUUUGAAAAAUUAUGUCCGAACCUUAAGACUGAUACAAAAACUUCCACUUUUGUUAAAAUUCGGUGUUCUAAGUAAUUUGCGGCUUUUGAGAAGGGACACGUUUCAAAUAAUGAGCGCAGCAUAUAACAGUAAGCUCUUAACGUUUCCUGGUCUAAAAUUACAAGAAAUAUUGAUGUAUAGAGAUGUUGAGAAACUUUCAGCAGAUUGUAAACUAUUCAACUUGUCGUUUGCAUAUGAAAACGUGCAAUUUGAUGCAAGAAAAUUUAACAAGGGAAUGUUAUUGGCGAACCCAGAUAUGUAUUUUACUGUUCAAACACUUCAAAAAUAUCUACCUAUAAUUCUAUUACAAGAUGAUGAUGCAAUAAACGACGACAGUUCCUCGUGAUUAAAAGAUGAUUAUCAACGCAUUCGUUAUAUCAUCCGGUAAUACAACGUCUGCAAAAACUUCAUUGUUUAGUAGAAAUAUGGAACCUACUCCAGUUAGCGGUAUACUACGAAUGAUUCAUCACUGCACGUCCGAGGUUAAAAGUGUACAGAAAAUGCUAAUUUUGAAUAUUAUACAAGGUAACAACCACGCCCUAUCAUUAAAAACCUAUUACAACCAUAAAUGGCUUAUAUAAUCA